AUGUCCACCAAAGUCGGAACCAUCUCGACUUCCCUCUCUGACCUCCGUCGUCGUUCCUCUAGACGCUCAACCCUACCUCCCGACUACGAGACCACCCAAGACAUAGAGCUAUCACACCUCUCACCAGCAUCGUCAUCUACAAACACUCUCCCAGAGUACACAACUCUGUAUACCAACGAUGUAGCGUCAGGUUCCUCAACAUCCGAUUUCUACCCUACGAGACAACUUCAGAUUCAAGCGCAAGGAUUUCCACUCAUCUGUCUCCCUCUGCCGCCGCAGCCAGAUCCUAUUUACGUGUUCAAUAUCUCACCAGGAGGAGAACUCGAUGAAGCUGAAUAUGUAUCUAUCCGGCCAGCUCGUAAUUCUGGUUCAUGCUUCCUAGCUCGGGCUAGUGAUGCUACACAAGCAGCGCUCUGCACGACGACAUAUCGCUUUGGACCAGGCAAACCUCCCAAGAUGCGUUUGGUUGGUGAUGAACUCUCUCAGGCCAUGGAUCCAGAGGAGAUUGAAAUCAGCUGCAAAGGUAUUUUGACCCGCAGUGUACUCAUGCGUACUCAUCUUGGCACAUUUGAGUGGCGAUAUAGCUCCCGCGCCGAACGCCACGCCUUACAAGCCUCUAUCGGUGAAGAAGUCAACUGCCUCCUCAUCUUAGAGCAGGUCAUGAAGGUUGCCGUUGUAGGUGGGAAACAAGAAGAGCGAAGACGCAAGAUCGGACAGUUUGUGCGUAGCAGCGGACUGCGUACUCAGGGUUCUAGGAGGAGCGCUGCAGGAAAUGGUGGGCGAUUGAUGCUUGAUCUACGAGAAUGGACGGAUAGGAAGAAUGAGGUUGUUGAGAUGGAGAUCCUCGCUAUAGCGAGCUGUGUGUCUAUGAUGAAGAAAGAAGUAGAUAGGAGGAGGAUGCAUCAGAUCGCAGCGAUGAGUGGGGGUGGUUCUUAG